GGUUUGCGAGGUUUUUAUAAAUCUAUGACCCAUGCAACUUGCACCUGCUUUCACCUUGUUGUGAAUAAUGGACUCUCUUUUCGUUUUCAUCAGCUGUCUUGCAUGGUUAAAUUUGUCCGCUAUUUCUGCCCAAGACUUGGCAUCAACUAGCCUCACAACUUCACCAGGAUACCUACGUCUUCGACGAGGGGAUGCCACUAAAACACAUUCCUGUGACAAAGUAAGAAAAGUACCCAAGUUGCUGAGAAAGGAUUCCAACAUGGGACUAAGUGAUUACUACCAGAAGUACACAGAAGCAUACAACAUCCCCAUCAUAUCCUCCAACAACGUUCCUGACGAAGCACUAAAGAGAGCGUGUUAUGUAAUGAGGUUCCUAGCUGCAGAUCACGCCGGGAUCAGAAGAGCGUUCUACAAAAACUGGGGCCGUGUCGGAGUAAUAGCUACCUCGGAGCAGGUCACCUCAAUACCUGAACACAGUCACCUGGAUCCCACCUAUUGGAACGCCAGAGCAAGAGGUUUGGGAGGCACUAAAUCAACUCCCAUUUCCACAGCUCCGGAGGAGAACAUUCUCUGUUACUCCUCUGAUAGGUGGUAUCCCAACCAGGACAUCAUGGUCCACGAGCUCAACCACGGAAUUCAUCUUCUAGGAACUGCUGACGCGAUACAAGACUGGGACAAGAAAUUGAAGGACUUGUACUACAGGCGGGAGGAAGAGAAUGAUAGAUGGACUAACACGUACUCCAUGUCCACAUACCUGGAGCUGUUUUCCGAGGGUGCACAAAGUUAUUUCAACGUUAACAGUUACUCACCAUACGCUAACGGAAGAGAGGGUCCUACAAACACUCGUCAAAAGCUUAAAGAGUACGAUCUCCCUCUCUACUCUCUGAUAAAACAAGUGUUUCCCUGUGGCAACACAAUUUUAGACCGGUGUAAUACCACAAGGGAGCUGGAGAAUGCUCAGGUUCUCAAGAUGGACUGUGAGUAUGUGCCAGUCCAGGGGGUGACAGAUGAGGAUUUCGAACCUAUAGAGAUAGAUGAGGACUGUUUCGACGAUGAUGAGUAUUGUAAAUCGUGGUCUAAUCUGGGAUAUUGUACAGGGAGUUAUGAAGCUUACAUGACUCGUAAUUGUAUCAAAAGUUGUGAUUUGUGUGUUACUAAAGAGGAACCUACAGAGGGGGAUCUGGACUGUUUUGACUCUGAUGUAAUAAAUUGUCCACUUUGGGCCAGCCAGAGCUAUUGUACUAACAGUAUUUAUGAAAGUUUUAUGACUAAUAAUUGUACUAAAAGUUGUGGUCGGUGCAUGCCCCCUCCUAAUAUAGCAAUCUGACUGAGACAUGGUUUACCUGUUAAUGCACUACAAAGACUCAUUUUUGUAAUAUUUUAUCUUAAAAUAAUCAACUUUUUGGCUCUAAAAUAAAUAGAUAUUUAAAAAUCAUGGAAUUGGAAAUGUAUUGAUUUUAUUCGAUCUACAAUGUUUCUUUAGCUAUCUCUAAAUAC